AUGACAUGCGCGGAAUCUCCUGAGCCGGCCGCGGUGCCGGAAAAGCUUGCUAUUAUUGGCAUGUCCUGCCGGCUGCCCGGAAAUGUUUGCAACGUGAAUGACUUUCUAGAUAUGCUGUCCAAGGGUCGAAGCGGUUGGUCUGAAAUCCUACAGGACAGGUUUACCAAGGAGGCCUUCUAUCAUCCUCAUCCGCAGAAGAAGGGAUGUUUCAAUGCUACAGGCGGCUAUUUCCUGAACAAGGAUUUGGCCAAGUUUGAGGCGUCCUUUUUUAAUGCCACGGAGCAAGAGGCGCGUGCUAUGGAUCCGCAGCAGCGGCUGCUUUUAGAAUGUACAUACGAGGCGCUCGAAAACGCAGGCGUACCCAAAGAAGCCGUCGCCGGAAGACAUGUUGGAGUAUUUGUUGGCGGUGCAGCUGCAGACUACCAUCUUGGAGCGACACGAGACUUGGAAACAAUCCCCAUGUUUGAAGCAACAGGAACUCACCAGUCGAUCCAGGCAGGGCGGAUUUCCCACUUUUUCGAUCUUCGCGGCCCGUGUCUAACGGUAGACGCCGCGUGCUCUUCCGGGUUGAGUGCACUGCAUCAGGCUGUGCAAAGCAUUCGGGCUGGAGAGUCCGAAAUGUGUAUUGUUGCAGCGGCUCAUGUGAAUUUGCAACCGGAUGAUUGGAUCUCCAUGUCCAUGUCGGGCAAGACGUACUCGUUUGAUCAUCGUGGACAACCGGGUUAUGCUAGAGGAGAAGGAGCCGCGUGUGUUGUUGUGAAGCCAUUGGAGCAGGCAAUCAAGGAUAACGACCCGAUUAGAUCCGUCAUUGUCAACACGGGUAUUAACCAAGAUGGCAGAACCGUAGGCUUAGCAACUCCCAGCGGAGAAGCUCAGGAGCAGCUCAUUCGAAGCGUCUAUAGGCGCGCCGGGUUGGACAUGGGCGAUGUUGGUUUCGUCGAGGCACAUGGCACCGCGACCAAGAUUGGAGAUCCUAUUGAAGCUAGGGCCAUCUACAACGCACUGGGACGUGACCGAAGCGAUAGGGAGCCGCUAUACCUGGGAUCAGCGAAAUCCAACGUAGGCCAUUUGGAAAAUGUCAGCGGCCUCGUGGCUAUUAUCAAAUCAACCCUGAUGCUGGAAAACAAUACAAUAUUGCCAAAUAUCAAUUUUGAAAAGGCAAACAAGGAGAUUCCACUGGCAGAGUGGAACAUGCAAGUACCAAAAACGUGCAAGCCAUGGCCUAGUAAUAAACGCUUUCUCAGCGUGAAUAAUCUUGGCUUUGGCGGUUCCAAUGCUCAUUGCGUUCUGCAGCAUGCGCCACCCGUAUCUCGAGCACAAGUGCCACCAAGCCAAGCCGACAACGCCGACUAUAAACUAUACCCUGUAUCUGGCCGCACUUGUACGACUGUAGAGAAUAUCUGCAGUCAGCUGCAACCGUACGUCCAAACUCACUCUGGAGAGGAACAGUCUCACCUCGCCACGAAUUUGGCCUAUACACUCGGCCAGCGUCGGUCUCACAUGCCAUGGCGCAUUGCUUUCGCUGCUUCGUCCAUCCAGGAGCUUCAAAUGACGAUACAAUCCUCCACUGCCGUCCCCUGUCGAGCUACAAAAGCACCAAAGCUUGUAUUCAUCUUCACUGGCCAAGGAGCACAAUGGCACGCCAUGGGAAGAGAACUCUUGGCUUCAAGAGCUGUCUUUAGAGACUGCAUACUAGCUGCAGAUGCCUAUCUACGUAGCUUUGGCGCCGACUUUUCCCUCGUUGACGAAUUGACCAGGGACGCUGCGCAGUCACGCAUCCACGAGCCACAGAUUAGCCAGCCAGCGUGCACCGCUAUUCAAAUUGCCCUGGUAAAGCUGCUGUCAAGCUGGAAGAUCAAGCCUGCUGCUACCCUGGGCCAUUCCAGCGGCGAAAUCGCGGCUGCUUUUGCUGCUGGCGGUCUGACUCUCCACGAUGCACUGGCGAUUGCUUACCACCGAGGCGACGCUGCGUCCAAGUUGCAGGUUCAGUACCCGAACCUGCGCGGAGCUAUGCUUGCCAUCCAUGAUUCUGCAUCGACAGUGCGAGAUGUAAUAUGUCUCCUUGGUCUGGAGGCCAGUGUUUGUGUCGCGUGUGAGAACUCUCCCCAGUCAACCACUGCCUCAGGGGACGCGGCGGCCAUUGAUAAGCUCAGCACUGAGCUUGACCGGCAAAAUAUCUCCAAUAAGAAGCUGUAUGUAGACAUUGCCUAUCACUCGGCGCACAUGGCGCUCCUUUCCGCCGACUACGCUGCUGCUAUAGAUGGUGUUGCGCCAAUGUUGCCCAAGGAUGCUAUAUUCUACUCUUCGCUUCACGGCGGCGUCAUGGAGGAUAAUGCUCUGCUUUCUGCAUCCUACUGGACCGACAAUCUGAUACAACCAGUCCUCUUCUCCUCUGCUCUGACCGCGCUUUGCAAACAAGCGCAACCGUCCGCGAUCGUGGAGCUUGGUCCUCACUCUGCUCUCCAAGGACCUAUUCAGCAAAUCUUGCAAUCUAUAUCCCCGCAAAUCUCUGACGUCAGAUACAUGCCGUCUUUAAUACGGAACCAGAACGCAUCCAAGACAAUGGCAAAACUGGCGGGUGAUUUGUACCAGCUAGGACAGACUCUAGAUUUUGGCGCUGUAAAUGGUAUCGAUAUUAAACGGGAUAAGCCUACUGUUAUUACCCAGCUUAUACCGUAUCCGUGGCAAGGCGAGACAUACUGGUUUGAGUCUCGCAUCAGUCAGCAGCGCAGGCUCAAGCCCUUUGGCAGACAUGAUCUACUCGGCGUCUACACGGAGCAGUCCACAGACUUGGACCAUGCCUGGCGAAACAUUAUCAACACGGACUUUUUGCCGUGGCUCAAGCAGCACCAGAUGCAAUCGUUGACUACGUUUCCGUUUGCCGGCUACAUUAGCAUGGUUGUGGAGGCAGUUCAGCAGCGCGCAACUCUCCGCGGCAUCACCGCCUUUGACCAGUACGUUGUGCGGGAAAUGCACGUUUCUCGCCCACUGCUUAUAGAAGAUGACAAGGAAUACGAGCUUAUUCUGUCUCUUCGGCCGUAUGCGCAAGGAACGCGGGCGCAUUCGGACGAAUGGGACGAGUUCCGCAUUACAAGCUGGGCGCAACACCGAGGCUGGCUGGAGCAUUGCCACGGAAUAGCUGGUGUGCGGACAAGGUCUGUAAAUCUGGUAGAGCAGCAGCAAAGCCCUCAUGCUCUGCAUACUGAGGCAAAUAGCGGGUGCCAAUCUCCUGUGGACGUUGUGUCGUUUUACACCAAUCUUGCUAGGAAAGGUGCAUCGUAUGGCAAGUUAUUCCAGCUACGUCAAGAGUCACAGCUGAGACGCAGUGAUCAAGUCGCCAAAGGUCAGAUAUACGUCCCGGAUACUGCCGCUCAAAUGCCUGUGGCGUAUGAGACGCCUUAUAUCAUACAUCCUGCUGCACUUGACCAGUGCUUCCAUUUCCCUUUUGCCAUUCUAGGGGCCGGGACAGACGAAAUGCAGACGCUGUAUAUGCCAACAAUGAUUAAACGGCUUGAACUUAGCAAAAGCCUUACUGGAUUAAUAUCGUCGCAUUCUAUGGAAGUAGUUGCGACGCGAUAUCCCUCUGCUAAUAGUAGCCUGGGACCCGUUUCUUUUGACGUGGAAGGAUGGCGUGGUGCCGCGACUGACAAGGAUGCUUUGAUACGUUUAAGCGGCGUGCAAAUGACGCCUGUUCGAGAUACCCAGAAGCAGGAUUGUAGUCCGAGACGCCUUUGUUUUCGAAUGACGUGGGAACCCGCCAAGAAAGAAGAACCUCGGAUCAAUGCUACCACUACUAAUGGUAUUACCACGAAUGGGAUAUCAUUUGACAAUAAUACAAGUGUAACAGCUGUUGUAGUCAAUGGCACAACCACCAAUGGCACGAAUACCAAUGGCGUUUCUGGCACAAAGAUAGCCUCUGCAACUCGUGAGGAACCACCACAGACAAAUGGUGAAACGGGUCCAACACAACAGAUUAUCAUCAUUUCGGAGAGAGACGACGAUCCACUAGUCUCGCAACUGUUGAAGCUUCUUUCCAUACAAAUAACGAAUUAUAGAACAACUAUUUGUUCUUUGGACAAACUCAGCGUUGAAAACGCUACAUACAUUGCUCUCUGCGACGUGGAGAAUCCCAUUCUUCCAGACAUAAACGACAGCACGCUAGCUACCCUCAAGCAGCUUCUGUUAGAAUCUGCAGCAUUGCUUUGGGUUAGCAUUGGACUUUCCAAGAAUGCCCAGCAUCCGACUCUCAACAUGAUGCAAGGUCUCAUCCGAACGGUACGCUCCGAGUAUAAGAAGCAGGCGGCCACGCUCGACCUGGAUCCCAGCGAGACGGAUAUCAACACACGAGCACAGCUCGUAUUGGAGGCCCUAGACAUUCUUAACGCCACGGAGACAAGUCACGGCCUCAAAGACUUUGAGUUUGCCCAGGAAUCCAGCCGCUUGGUCGUGCCGCGCCUGGUAGCGGUCCCAGGCAUGGACGAGGCUCUACAUAGACGAAGCAAUCCGCUAGCGAAGCCAUAUCACCAGGCCUUUGAACAGCCAGGUCGUAGAUUGCAACUGCAGGUAGGCCAAGCUGGCGCAUUGGACUCGCUGUACUUUACGGAUGAGCCUGACGAGCAGCUACUAGCUGAUGACGAGAUUGAAGUCAAGAUUGCCGCUACAGGAGCCAACUUUAAAGAUGCUGUCAUUGCCGUAGGGCAUCUUGCCAGCCCGUACAUCGGCAUAGAAUGCAGCGGAACCAUAACUCGUCUGGGAGCCAGUGUGAAAUCGCUGGCAGUAGGAGACCAAGUAUGCUGCAAGUCUUUGGGCGCCUACAGCACGUUUGUAAGAGCCAAGGCGAGCAGCGCAGCACGGGUGCCCAGCGGCAUGAGCCUGGAAGUAGCAGCAUCCAUUCCCGUGGUCUUCUGCACCGCAUACUAUGGUCUUGUUGAGCUGGCACGCUUACAGCCCGGUGAACGGGUCUUGAUUCACGCUGGAGCUGGAGGCGUAGGGCAAGCAGCUAUCCAGCUGGCCAAGAUGAUUGGUGCCGAGAUCUACACGACAGUAGGCAGCCCCGAGAAGAAGAAGCUGCUAAUGUCCAAGUAUGAGAUCCGCGAGGACCACAUCCUGUACAGCCGCACCACAGACUUCGGAGCAGCUAUCCAGACCCUGACGGCGGGCAACGGCGUGGAUGUGGCGCUGAAUUCGCUGGCGGGCGACUUGCUCAGCGAGACGUGGGACUGCAUGGCGGCCUUUGGGCGCUUUGUCGAGAUUGGGAAGCGCGAUAUCACCUGGAACACGCGCUUGGAGAUGAGAUGCUUUGACAGAAACGUCACCUUUAGCUCGGUGGACCUGACGCUGUUGAGUGACAAGCGGCCCGGCACUAUGAGCCGUGUUCUAAGUGCUGUGAUGGAUCUCUUUGCACAGGGAAGCUUAUCUCCUGUAUCGCCAAUUACCGUCAUGGGAAUUUCGGAAGUCGAGGCUGCUCUGCGACUCCUUCAGAGUGGUAAGAGCACUGGCAAGAUUGUAAUUCGCCCGCUGCCAGGAGAGCAGGCAAAGGCUACUCACCCACGGGCUACUCGCAAGCUUCGCGCGAACGGUACAUAUCUAAUUAUUGGCGGCACCGGAGGCGUCGGCCGUAACAUUGCAGGCUGGAUGGCAGAGAGAGGCGCCGGACACGUUGUACUGCUGUCGCGAGGUAGUGGUAGCGGUGCAAGCACAGAACUUGGCCUGCUGAUUGACCAAUGUGCAGCUUUGGGCACGUCAGUUCAUAUCGAGGCCUGUGAUGUGGCAGAUGAGCAGAGCGUCCAGGAGCUGAUGGUGAGAAUCGCCAAGUUGCCGCCGGUGGCGGGUGUAAUCCAAGCGGCAAUGGUAUUACGGGACAUGCUCUUUGAGGAAAUGACAGCAGACGACUUCGAAGCUGUCACCCGCGCCAAGGUCCGCGGAACAUGGAACAUCCAUCGAGCCCUCAUCCACCACAAACUCGACUUCUUCACCAUGCUGUCCUCGCUAACAGGCAUUGUCGGCAACCGAGGCCAAGCAGCGUACGCGGCAGGCAACACGUUCCUCGACUCAUUUGCCCAGUACCGCCUCCAGCACGGCAUGCCCGCCAACUCGAUUGCGCUCACGCCCGUCCUGGACGCCGGGUACCUUGCUGACAAUGUCCAUCGCCAGGCGCAGGUGCUGGACAACAUUGGCGACAUCACGCUGAGUGUCAAGGAAGUGCUGGCGCUGGUGGAGUGCAGCAUCGAGGGCCAGAUGACCAGCCUAUGCGGCAGCCAGUGUGUGCUUGGGCUUGACUUUGAACGCAGCGCCGUUCUGCGCUACUACGCUGACGAUGCCAAAUUUACGCAUUUGUUGCCGUCUUCUGGUAUAUCAUCGCACGCCGCAGCUGUUGGCGGCGACAAUGCGACACGCCCGCUGAAGCAGCAAAUAGGUGAAGCGCUAGAACCACAGGAUGUGCUUGAUAUUGUGCUCCAGGCCCUGCAGAGCAAGCUGUGUGCCGUGCUGAUGCUGCAGCCUGAGGACAUGGACGCAAAUGGUUCGGUUACGUCGCAUGGACUCGAUUCACUCAAUGCUAUUGAGUUCCGCAACUGGGUGCGCAAGGAGUUGCUAGCGCCGCUGCAAGUGCUUGAGCUAUUAAGCAGUGGAACACUGGUGAAUCUUGCGGCUUUGAUUCUGCGUAAGACGAGUAUUCUCCAUUGCUAUACAUAG